AUGACUAAGCAACAGGAACGGAAGCUAUUACAGGAAAAUGAUGCCUGUGAGAGAAACGAUAUCACAACUGUGGGCCAAGAAGCGCCUAUGCCCGAUUCUGACCCGCAAGCUGGAGUCCUUGAAACACUCAAUGAGACGAAGAUUAGAGUGAUGCCUUGCAUCAUCCCUGUUGUGAUGAUCCAUGUUAUGUAA